AUGAUUGAAAAACAUCGUCAUGAAUAUUGGUCAUCAAUAAUUCAAAUUUUAAUUGAUUUAGCAAAUUUAAUGGAGCAAUUAUUUGUUUAUUUUCUUGUAAAGCAAGAACAUAAUAAUAAAUAUGAAGAACGUUUAUUUUUUUUUGUACUUUUGGUGAUUGGUCUUCUGUCUAAUCUUCCAUCGGCUAGUCCUUAUGUUUAUAUUCAAACAAUUGGUUCAAUAUCUAUUGAAUUCGGUGAACUUACAGCUUAUUUAUUUCUUUGGGAAAAUUCCAAAAGUGUUAUUAUCGUGUCAAUUAUUUCAUUUAGUAUUGAAUUUAUUUUACACCUAAUACAUAUAUUACUUGAGCAUUAUUCAAAUGAAAAUAAAAAUGAUAUAUUUGUAUUUGGAAAAACAACUUGUGGUAGAAUUAAAUAUGUUAUUAUACGUUCAAUUAGUUAUACGAUUUUUAAUGCAACAUCAAUAUUCUUUUUAUUUCUUGAUGAUAAUUCAAGAUUUCAUUAUAAAUUCUAUGAAAUUCUUAUACUACUUACAUUCUAUUUCCCUAGUAUUGCAUUAGGUCCAGCAUUGGAAUCAAUAACAAAAUUUAAAUAUGAAUAUGAACAAGGUCAAAUACCAAAAAUAACAAAUUUUCUUGUUUGGAGUUUACUUUGUGCAACUCUUUAUUUUAUUAUGUAUUGUAUACCUCUUUCGAUCACGGGCGUAGUUUUUGCUAUACAACAAUUAAGAGAAACAAGUCCAGCAUAUAGCUAUGAUUUUAUUGUUUAUGUUUCAUCAUUAACUUUCUUUUCGAUUGCUAUUCUUGUUUUCCCUCCGUUUAUGCUUUGGUGGUGGAGAUUUACAUUUCAAAGAUUUAAAACUAUGCGUAUUGAUGCAGAAACACGAUUGAGUCAGUCGAAUGAAGAAGAUCAGAUGCAAUAUUGUCUUUAA